AUUCACACGUAAAUGGUCAGAAAGCUCCUUCCAAUUUAACUUGCAAUAAAUAUUAAAAAAGCCAAGUACGUAUCCAUGGGAGAAACUUUGCAUAACGACGUCAUCUAUGUGGCGGUGAAUCAAGAUGUUCGAGAAAGUAAAUCAACUUUGUUAUGGACAUUGAAGACUCUUCCCGUGAAGAAACUCUGCCUUGUUCAUGUUCAUAUUCCCUUCUCGUUGAACUCUUCUUCAUGUGGGCUUGAUGAAAGUGAGAUCAAUGCAAUCCAAGAAUCAGAGCUGAAAUCCUCAUAUGAUAGCCUCCACAAGUACCGUGAUCUCUGCACAAACAAAGAGGUUGAUGAAGAGGAUGUGGAUAUAUCACUGAUAUCAGGAUAUGGUGUUGGUGAAGGGAUUGUGGAACUCAUCUAUCAAAACAAUAUUAAGAAGCUCGUUAUGGGAGCAGCAGCUGAUCCUCACUAUUCCAGGGGAAUGUCUAUCACAUCUAGAAAAGCAGAGUAUGUGAGUCAACAUGCGCCUCAUUGCUGUAAAAUGUGGUUCAUCUGUAAAGGGAAACUCAUCCAGAAAAAGGAAGGAAGUUUUGGCAUUGGGAAUCCAUCAGAUUCGUUCUCAGGAUUCGAUGGUUUUGCUCAGAAACCAAGCAGAGGAAGAGGAAUAGAUAGUGAUGACCAACCCAAUUCACGUAAAGAGGAUUCAGGACGGAACCAAACACCAAAGGAAGUAAGGAAAGAAGAUAAGCCAAAAAGCAAUGACAGCGAAACAGACAGUCCUCCCGAAAAUUUUAUUUGUCCCAUUUCAAUGGAGAUAAUGAGAGAUCCUCAUGUGGCUGCUGAUGGUUUCACUUACGAGGAAAAGGAAAUAAGAACGUGGCUAAAUGGAGGGAAUGAUAAGUCGCCAAUCACAGGAGCUAGGCUCGCUCAUCGCCAUCUCACCCCUAACUACACUCUUCGUUCACUCAUCAAGGACUGGCUCCAUCUCCACCCAAAUUACAAACAUUGAUUUUCAUCUAUAUAUACUACUGGAGAUAAUUAAGAUGUCAGACUUUGUUGUGAGUUUUGGAAUUUUCUCUGUAAGAAAAAGAAAUAUAUGUAUGAUAAAAAACUUCUUGUUUUACUGUUUGAUAUAUCAUAGAUUCAUGCAUCAGACAUGGAGUCUAUUUACGAGCA